AUGAACGGAAGUGUGACAUCGGUGCAAUCGGUGCAUUCGCCACAACGCCGGAUGGAAGAGGAUGAGACGGUCAAGUCCACCGCUUCCAAAACCUAUGUGCGCCAUGGAUUUGACGACGACUACGCCAGUGACGCCUACAUGUCCAUGUUGGCCGAAAUCUUUUACAUCUACCUGGACGACAAACGCCACGACACUGCGGGCAAUCCGAAACGGUCUUCUGCCGACGGCCCGCCCGAAUGGCGCAUGAAAGACCGACAGAGAACAGUGUCUGCAGCCAUUGUGGUGUGUCUCAACCUGGGAGUGGAUCCUCCAGAUGUGAUCAAAACCGACCCCUGCUCGCGACUGGAGGCCUGGGUGGACCCACAGACCAUCUCAGACUCCAAGAAGGCCACGGAGCAGAUUGGAAAACAGCUACAGAUGCAGUACGAGGUGCUGUCAAUGCGAACCCGGUAUAAGCAGUCGCUGGACCCCAAUGUGGAGGACAUUAAACGAUUCUGCAUAGGACUGCGACGAGGUGCUAAGGAGGAGCGAAUUCUGUUUCAUUACAAUGGCCACGGAGUGCCUCGACCUACAGCUUCGGGCGAAAUCUGGGUCUUCAACAGAGGCUACACACAAUACAUUCCUGUGUCUUUGUACGACCUGCAGUCGUGGCUGGGCUCGCCAUGCAUCUACGUGUGGGAUUGCCAUAGUGCCGGCAACAUUGUCUCUAACUUCAAGCGCUUUGUUCAGCAGCGUAUCAAGGAGGACGCUGAUGCACAAGCACCCAAUGGUGUGACCAGUGCAGCUUCAGGAAACGGAAAUGCCUACCUCGAUUGCAUCCAGCUUGCAGCCUGCCGGGCCGACGAGACUCUGCCCAUGCACCCAGACCUUCCGGCAGAUCUGUUCACGUCAUGCCUGACGUCCCCAAUUGAAAUUGCUGUGCGAUGGUUCGUCAUGAAGUCUCCCUUGGCUUACGGGAAGAAGAUCAAGGAUCUGCAAAUCCCAGGAAGAAUUACCGACCGAAGAACCCCCCUUGGCGAACUUAAUUGGAUUUUCACUGCCAUAACCGAUACGAUAGCCUGGACUUUGUUGCCUCGCGACCUGUUCAAAAAGCUGUUUCGACAGGACCUGAUGGUCGCAGCGUUGUUCCGAAACUUUCUGCUGGCAGACAGAAUUAUGCGGGUCAACUCAUGCCACCCAGUCUCGGACCCUCCUCUUCCUCCCACCCAUUCUCACCCUAUGUGGGAUGCGUGGGAUCUAGCAGUCGAUCAGUGUCUGACUCAGUUGCCUGCUUUGGCUGCUGGACAGGAGUAUCGCCACUCGCAGUUCUUUGAGGAACAACUGACAGCCUUUGAGGUGUGGCUGCGAUACAAUGCUCGAAGUGAUAACCCACCUGUUCAGCUUCCUGUUGUUUUACAAGUGCUGUUGUCACAGGUCCACCGACUACGAGCGCUGAUCUUGCUCUCCAAGUUCCUCGAUCUUGGACCCUGGGCUGUCUACUCGGCGCUCUCUAUCGGUAUCUUCCCCUACGUGUUAAAGCUGUUGCAGUCCCCCGCUAAGGAGCUAAAACCCGUGCUUGUUUUCAUCUGGGCUCGAAUAAUGAGCGUGGACCAUCAAUCCAUUCAGCACGAGCUGCUCAAGGACAAUGGCUACGCCUACUUCAUCCAAAUUCUUCUCCCCUUUGAAGGAUUUGCCGUUAACAACGUGAACGUCCAUGACCACAGAGCCAUGUGUUCUUUCAUCAUCGCACUAUUCUGCCAUGGUUUCAAGCAGGGUCAGCGGGUCUCAAUGGGUGCUGAUCUUCUCCGGGUGCUCGUGGUUUACGCAGCUGAGCCUGACUCUCCACUGCUUCGACAGUGGUCCUGUUUAUGCAUCUCCCAACUGUGGUUCGACUACCUAGAGGGCAAGUGGCUUGGAAUGAAGGAGAGAGUGCCCCAGAGCCUCAUUGUGCUGCUUGAGGAUCCUGUUCCUGAGGUCCGAACAGCGUGUACUGUUGCCUUGACUGCAUUCCUUGGCAAUGGAGACGCUGAUCACAUUUCCCAGGAUUUCAAGGACGUGGAAUGCGAGCUUGCUAACGCUGUCCUCAAGCUGACUGACGACGCCAGUGGUAUUGUUCGAAGAGAAGCAGUCGUAUUCUUUUCGCGUUUCGUCGUCCAGUACCAAGGUCAGAUUCUGGUUGCUGCGUUUGCUACUCUCGAGCAAGAAGCUGCUGCUGUCUCCCAGAUGAACCUCAACACCUCGUCCAAUCCUGCCACCGGUACCGUGUUUGCUGCCGUGUGGGAGGCCGUUCUGACAUUUGCAGAGGACCCGUUCACCGAGGUGCGUGACUUUGCACGUGACGUGGUUGAUCACGUCUUGUUUGAGAUGGGCCAGUCGCCUCUGGGACCUCGAAUGGAGCAGCUCAAGCGAACCAUGCUGCAGGGAGCCGAGUCCAAGAAACAGCUGCCUAGCGUUUCCAACCUGAUUCCUUCGUCAGAGUCACAUCAUCAUGCUGCUGGUAGUCCUGCUCCCCAAUCUCCUGCGAUGGCUCCUCUAACGCCUACUGCAUCUUCCACCAUUCAAAAUGCCAUUGCUGCCGACAGGGCAGCUUCUUCUCCUCUCAACUCGCUCAAGAGGUCUGUCUCGAAGUAUCUAUUUGGAGACAAUGAGCCCAGUGGAACAGCAGCCCAGAAAACGGACUCAUCUGUUACAACUGUUCCUUUUGGCACGGGAACCAUCCCCGUGACACCUCGUUACACAUCGCGAGCUGCAGGAUCACGUGCUCAACUCCCUCUGAAGUCCGGGUUUUUUGCUUGGUCCACGGAGUUCUUCCAAGAGCCUCAAAUGGUGCCUGCGGAGGCCGACUGUACUGGUUCACAGCGGUACACUGAGAGACUGUGGCGAAAGACCCGCAACGAGAGAAUUAUCUCCGAGUCGGUGCUUCAGCGAGACGAAGCUGUCAAGGGCAAGUGGGAUCACUCUCUAGGUGUUCUCAGCAACAAGACGCAGCCUCAGAAACUCGUUUUUGCGCAGUUUGAGCCACAUCUGGCAGUAGCUGACGACCGAGACGGUGUUUCUAUCUGGAACUGGGCCGAAAACAAGCGUCUGUCGCGGUUCUGCAACGCCAAUCCUGCAGGAACCAGAAUCACCGACGUCAAGUAUCUCAACGAAGACGACGUUCCCAUGCUCCUCACAGCCUCCUCCGAGGGAUGUGUGCGAAUCUACAGGCACUACGAGUCGCGUCAGGAUGUGCAGUUAGUGUCUGCUUGGAGAGCUCUUUCGGGAGUCGGUCUGCAGGCCUCUUCUCCCGUAGCUGUAGAUUGGCAGCAGUCUCGAGGAACACUGUUGGUUGGAGGUCCCACACGAGUGGUUAAGGUGUGGGAUGCUCCCCGAGAGAUGUGCAUGGCUUCCAUUCCUGCUCGGUCUUCUGCCCCUGUGACUGCCCUCACCUCCGACCAGGUUGCUGGUCACAUGUUUGUGGCUGGUUUCGCGGACGGGGCUCUGCGUCUGUUUGAUCGACGAGUCGAUUCUCGAGACGCCAUGGUCAAAAUCUGGAAGCUAUCUCGAGGUAUCAGACACUCUGACAAGGUGCUCAACGUGUGCAUGCAACGAGGAGGACACCGAGAGCUGGUAUCUGGUUCGGCAGACGGAGUCAUCAGUACAUGGGAUAUCCGAACAGACACUCCUCUGCGGUCUUGGAUUGCACACACCAACGGCAUGAAGGCCAUGGACGUGCAUGAACAUGCACCUGUGUUGGUUACGGGCUCUCAGUUGGUGCGAACGUGGGACUUUGAUGGUCACAUGACCUCGGUAAACAAGAACCACCCUGGUUAUAUGACCCUUCCCAACCGGGUAACCUCGGUUAACGCUUUGUCGUUUCAUCCUCAUCGGCUGGUGAUGGCAUCUAACAAUGUGAAUGACGGCACUGUGAUGUUGAGAUCGUGUUCGGGCUUUCUCAAGAGUGAUUUCUAG